CGAGAGCUAAAUACAAACCCCCACUAUAUAGAGCUACGAUGGAGGGGGAGCUCGGGCCAAAUGGAUCACCCAAUAAGCUCUCAGUUAAGACCCCUCGUAAGCCGGCGAUAACCCGAUCCGACCACCAAAAAUUGAAGCUUUCGUCAAGCCACCGAGAACUCUCUCACUCUUCCGUUACACCACCUUAGGUAAUAGGCGCAAGAUUGCAGUCCAGACUAUGGACUCCCCGAUCGUGGCCCAGCUAUUCCGCCAGUUGUUUAGACAUCCACAUCCGGCUUGCCAAUCGAGAAGGAAUUUAGCUAUAUUAUCGUCUUGUCUCCAACAUGGCCGACGGAUACAACACCAAAACCAACAGCAGAGGCGGCAUAUGGCUAGUCGGGAUUCUAUUAGGGGGGCAAAACAUGGUUCAGCUGAAAAGGAUAGCCAUUGGCAACAACGGACCGAGUUAUUCGCCCAAGAUAUGACAGAAGAGUAUAAGACAUAUCCUAUGGUGACGGCGAACGAUUUGAGAUCGCGAAGAGAACGUCCGCGGAAAGUUAAGAUGCUUAUGCGGGACUUCAUUGAGGAUAGCCUAUACAACCCCCACUACGGCUACUUCUCCAAACAAGUCGUCAUCUUCACCCCCGGCGAACCCUUCAACUUCAACUCCAUCCCCGACGAACCUGCCUUCCACGCUGAGCUCGGCCGUCGCUACACCGAAUUCGAAGAUGCCCUCGACGCCCAAGAAGGCCGCGCGGAUGAUACGCGACAGCUCUGGCACACGCCAACAGAACUUUUCCGACCCUACUACGGCGAGGCCGUCGCGCGGUACCUAAUGUCGAACUACCUAAUGACCACAUACCCCUACCACGAUCUCAUUAUCUACGAGAUGGGCGCAGGUCGCGGAACCCUAAUGCUCAACGUACUCGACUACAUCCGAGACAUCGAACCGACAGUGUACGACCGGACCAAGUACAAAAUUAUCGAAAUCUCACCAUCCCUCGCCGCGCUGCAAAACUCACAACUCCUAGCGACAGCCGCCUCGCGCGGUCACGCAAGCAAAGUAGAAAUUAUAAAUAAAUCCGUAUUCGACUGGAAUUCCCGCGUUCCAUCCCCCUGUUUCUUCCUAGCCAUGGAAGUAUUCGAUAACUUCGCACACGACGUCCUACGCUACGACCUAGAAACCGAAGAACCACUCCAAGGUAUCGUCCUCAUCGACUCCCACGGCGACUUUUACGAAUUCUACGAACCAAUACUGGACCCAGUAGCAGCACGGUACCUCCGCGUCCGGCACGCCGCAACAGGAGGACGGUACCGCGUUCCCUACCCAACAUCCCGCGUCACGCGCUGGCUCAAAAAACAACUUCCCCUAGCCCCUAACCUCAGCGCUCCGGAAUACAUACCAACCCGUCUCAUGCAAUUCUUCGACGUCCUCGAACAUCACUUCCCCGCUCACCGUCUUCUAACUUCAGAUUUCCACCUCCUACCCGACGCAGUAAAAGGCCUAAACGCACCGGUUGUACAGACGAGAUACCAGAGACGCAUGGUCCCCGUCUCGACACCGCUUGUGCAUCAGGGGUACUUUGAUAUUCUGUUUCCGACGGAUUUUAGAGUCGUCGAGGCUGUUUAUCGCGCUAUUACUGGGAAAUUGACGAGAGUGAUUGAGCAUGAGGCGUUUAUGAGGUCGUGGGCUUAUGUCGAGGAUACUCGUACGCGGAGUGGGGAGAAUCCGUUACUGAGUUGGUAUAGGAAUGCUAGUGUUAUGGUUACGGUGUAGAUGGGCUGUAUAGGUGGUCUGUUUUGCGGCUGAAGGGGCGCUGGUGUGGUUGGGUGGUAUUGCAGAAUAGCAUUGGUGUGGCAUGUAUGUAGAUGGAUGGAUGGAUGGGUGCACAUAUCUCAACU